ACCUCAACUCCUUCAUGUCAUAAGUGCUACUUUCUUGAGUUUUUUCCCUAACGAAAUUUACCAUUGUAUAGCCAAAAUUUCAAUCUUUCUUGGUCCAAAAAAAGAGAAAAAUGGAUCGUAGAUCAUCGAUAGAGAGCGAAGGAAGUGUUCAUUUAGAGAUAAAUGAACUUAAUGGAAGGUUAAGUAUGACAGAAAGUGGAGGUCCAACAAUCUUUGAACCUCAAAGUCCAAUGGAGACAAAGAACAGCAGCACAACAAAUUCUGUUUCUCCGAAAAGACCAACGAUUCGUGCACCGGAGAAAAAGAUUACCCUUUUUGCUCUGAGGUUAGCAGUGCUUGAAAAAGCAGCAACUGGACUAGGAACACUUGGUUUCAUAUGGGCAACAGUUGUUCUUCUCGGCGGUUUUGCUAUCACUUUGAAUACAUCAGAUUUUUGGGUCAUAACUACUAUACUGUUAAUAGAAGGAACAAGAAUCUUUAGUAGGAGUCAUGAGCUUGAGUGGCAACACCAAGCAACAUGGUCUAUUGCUGAUGUUGGAAUCAGUAGCUUUCGCGCGAUCAAAUCCAGCACAAGAACCAUUGUCAAUGCUGCUAAAGCAAUAUUCAAGCCUAUUUCUGAUGUUACAAAGGGAAGCAGGCAUGUUAACAACAGAGAAAUUGCAAGGAAUUCACAGUGGAAUAAGCAGAAGCAGCCAACUCGAACGUGGACUAGUUCUGAGGUUCCUCUGCUUCCAUAUGCGAGAUGGAUGUUCGUAGCAAGAAAUGUUAGCAAAAUGCUGUAUUGGCUCCAAAUACUAUCUGCAACAGCAUGUUUGGUGCUAUCAUUAAUGAAGCUUGUAUUAAGGAACUUUGGUGAAGUGGCCAAAGGAGAUACCGAUAAGAGGAAUAGGAAAAGUGCUCUACUUAUAUUCUAUUCUCUCGCCUUCACGGAGGCAUUGCUUUUUCUCUUGGAAAAAGCCUAUUGGGAAUGGAAGAUCAACUUUUGUAGUCUGUUGGAGAAGGUGAAUAAAGAGUGUGAAUUGGGGCCAUCAGGUAUGACUUCAGUCAGAAGGUUUUUUUAUGAUGCUUAUUCGAAAAGUGUUAAUGGGAGCAUAUUUGAUGGUCUAAAGAUGGAUAUGGUUUCAUUUGCUAUUGAACUCUUAGCCUCUAACUCACCUGAUGAGCAACUCAUCGGUGCUAAAAUCUUGCGAAAACUUGCUACGAGUCCACGGUUUUGUGAUGACACACUUCAGAAGAUUGGAACAAACAUAGUAGUAAUGGAAAGGUUGGUUGAGAUGCUGAAUUGGAAAGACAUACAAGAAGAAGAGUUAAGGCUAUCAGCAGCAGAGAUUAUAUCAAAGCUUGCUGGUAAAAAGAAAAAUUCUCUUCGUGUCGCGGGUAUACCUGGUGCUAUGGAGUCCAUAUCUUCACUUCUCCAAAUCAGCAGAGGGCCUACUGGAGCAAAUGAUGAAAUAUGUGAAAAGAGAAUCAUCUUUGACAAUGAAAAUUAUGGAUUUUGGAUAUUCAAUCAUUUGGGGCUGCUGAUUUUAAAGAAACUUGCUCGCGACCACGAUAACUGUGGAAAAAUAGGCAAUACUAGAGGUCUUCUGCCCAAAAUUAUAGAGUUCACACAAGCAGGAGAGAGAUUACUAAGAGAUGAAUCAGCAACACCAACGCAGAUAUUGACACUAAAACGAUCUCUUCAGGUCGUAAAGAUGUUGGCGAGCACAGCAGGCGCCACAGGUAAAGAGCUAAGGAGAGAGAUUUCAGAAAUAGUUUUCACUAUUAGCAACAUUAGGGACUUAUUAAGAUAUGGGGUGAGACAGCCUACUCUACAACACUUGGGAAUAGAGAUCUUGAAAAGUCUUGCAUUAGAAGAUGAUGCAACAGAGAGAAUUGGAGGCACCGGCGGAAUCCUUAAGGAGUUGUGCAACAUUUUCCUCAAGGAGUCCAUACCGAACAAUCAUGGUCAAGUAAGAAGUGCAGCAGGAGAAGCACUAGCUAUGCUGGCACUUGAAAGCAAGAACAAUUGCCAUAGGAUAUUGAAACUCAAGGUCACUGGAAAGCUCGUCGAAGCAUUGGAAGUUCCAUUGCUUCGAGUAAAUGCAGCAAGAAUCUUGAGAAACUUAUGUGUCUACAGUGGAUCAGGUUACUUUGAAGAAUUGAGGGAACUUGCUGUUGCAGGACCAACUGUACUCAAAGCAAUAAUGACAGAGGAAAACAAGUUACAGGAAGUAAUGAUGGGAGUAGGUGCACAUAUAUUCAAGUUUACAACACCAGAAGAGUCGAGCAUCAUGUUCCAGAGAGCGAAAAUUCAAGAAGCUGAAUUGGCUGCAAAACUUGUUGAGAUUCUUAGGAAGCAUCAACAUCCAUCAAUUAAGGUUCCAAGAAUUAGGAGGUUUGUCAUAGAGUUGUCGAUCUGGAUGAUGAGAGAUAAAAGAACAAACAUUCAAGUGUUCAGAAAUCUGGGAAUGGAUAAGGAAAUGGAGUACAUUAUAGAAACUACGUCAGAGCUAGAGAGCUUUAAUGUUUUCUCAGGAACAGUUGGAAUGAAUCGACACACUGUGACAAUUCAUGCGCUGGUUGAUACUGCAAUGAAGUUGUUGGCUGGGGAAAAGGAGUGACAGAAACUUCAACAGUUAUUGCACAAACACUGUUUCAGGUUAAUAAUACUUUAGCCAUUCAAAUCCAAUACUGUUGUAAAUAUUUAAGUAUAUGGUAGAGCCUUCUUUUUCUCUAAUUUAACAUUAUUAUGUAGAGAGCUAUUACAGAAACAUUUCAUAAGUUACAGUAAUAUAUUGUAAUUCGCAACAAGUUCCGCUGCUGUUUAUUUU